AUGGAUGCUGCCAACGUUCAGAAGCAGCAGGGACCGUUUGCUGAACUGAAACCAUUCAAAGUCACGCAGACAGAGGGAAACGGUUCCGCUAGAAGCAAAGACAGUACACUCGUCGACUCUGCGCGAGCUACCUCCCCUCACUCACAGACGGUCGAAGCAAAGCAUGAGCCCAAAACACCCAGCUCGAUACAUAGCCAUGGAAAUGCGGAACCUGAGCCGGAAUAUCCCACUUCGUGGAGACUCGCGCUGAUCGUGAUUGGGCUCUGUCUUUCGAUCUUCUGCAUGGCUUUGGACAACACCAUUCUGGCGACUGCAAUCCCCAAAAUCACAGACCAAUUCCAGUCACUCGGUGACGUGGGUUGGUACGGCAGUUCCUACCUCCUUACAACGUGCUGCCUCAUCCUGGCCUUUGGCAAGCUGUACACUUUCUACUCCACCAAAUGGGUCUAUCUGAUGGGGCUCGCGAUCUUCGAGAUUGGUUCUCUGAUCUGCGGAGUGGCUCCCAACUCGGUUGCGCUGAUUAUCGGACGGGCGAUAGCUGGCCUUGGGGCCGCCGGAGUUUUCUCGGGAGCCAUGAUCAUUAUCUCGCAGACUGCACCGCUCAAAUGGAGGCCUUUCCUUACCGGUUCUAUCACCUCCAUGUAUGGAAUUGCCAGCGUAGCAGGGCCCCUGAUGGGUGGUGCGUUCACAGAUCAUGUCAGCUGGCGAUGGUGUUUCUAUAUCAACCUUCCAAUUGGCGGCGCGACCAUCUUCUUCAUCCUGAUAUUCUUCAAGGCACCCAAAUCAGUCAAGAGUACCACGGGGCUUAAGGAUAAGCUGUCGCAGUUUGACCUGCCUGGUACAUUUGUCUUUUUGCCAGGAGUCAUCUGCGUCCUGCUCGCACUGCAAUGGGGCGGGACCACUUACGAAUGGGGGAAUGGUCGCAUCAUCGCCCUGCUGGUGUUGUUCGGGGUCCUCAUCGGUAUAUUCAUAGUGCUACAAAUGUGGGGUAACGAGAAAGCCACGAUCGCUCCGCGACUUAUCAAGAAUCGAAACGUAUGGGGCGCUGCACUGUUCAGCUUCUGCGUUGGCGGUUCAUUUUUCGUGGCUGUCUAUUACCUCCCCAUCUGGUUCCAAGCCAUCAAAGGUGUUAGUGCCACCAAAUCCGGCAUCAUGAACCUCCCCAUGUUGCUCAGCGUCGUCAUCUUCUCCAUCGUAGCAGGCGGCCUGGUCUCCACAUUCGGAUACUACACCCCAUUCAUGCUGAUAGCCCCAGCUUUCGUAGCCGUCGGCGGCGGCCUUCUCUCCACUAUGGGCGUGCACUCCUCGGCGGGCCACUGGAUCGGAUACCAGAUCAUCUUCGGCGUGGGCGCAGGCCUGGGCAUGCAACAGCCGAUGAUGGUGGUGCAGGCGGCGCUGAAAAUCGCCGAUGUGCCCAGCGCGACGGCUAUCGUGGCGUUCACGCAGACACUAGGAGGAGCAUUGUUCGUCUCCGUGGCGCAGAACGUCUUCCAGAAUGAACUGCGCAAGAACCUGUCACAGAUAUCGGGCGUUGAUCCUGCUUCUGUCAUGCAGGCUGGGGCAACGAUGCUACGACAUGUCGUAUCUGCGGACCAGCUGCCCGCCGUGCUGGAGGCAUAUAAUGGAGCCGUGACCACGACGUUCUAUGUAGCGGUAGCUAUGGGAGCAUUGAGUAUCUUUGGGGCGUUGCCUAUUCAGUGGAUUUCUGUGAAGGGGAAGAAGAUGGGACCGCCGGCAGCAGCAUAA